GCAGACCUUUUGCCUGAAGCGAGUCGUUGGUCAAUACCAUAAUGAAGGUCACGGCUGAACGACUAUAAAUAAGCAACGUUAUAGAAUUGUACGGCAGUUGCGACCUAGACUCGCUGAAAGAAGGACCACCUGUUUCAAAGACGGAUAACAAAACCAACGCUGAUGGAGGGCGGACAAUACAUCUUGGAGGGCGACGAGGAGGCCAAGAGCACCACCAUCAUCUUCUCCAUGACGGAGGAGGUCGGCGCCCUGGCCAACGCCCUCAAGAUAUUCCAGGCGCACAACGUGAAUCUGAUGCACAUCGAGUCGCGGCCGUCGCGGCGCGAGGCCAAGUACGAGUUCAUGGUGGAGUGCGACUCGUCGACGGGCAACCUGGGUUCGGCCAUGGAGCAGGUCAGGAAACAGUGCUCCUACUUCCAGGUCAUCUCCAGGGACCACCACAACAACAAAGACACCGUCCCCUGGUUCCCCCGCAAGAUCAGCGACCUGGACCGCUUCGCCAAUCAGAUCUUGUCCUACGGUGACGAGCUGGACGCUGACCAUCCCGGAUUCACCGACCCCAUCUACCGCACCAGGAGGAAGAUGUUCGCGGAUAUCGCCUAUAAUUACAAGCACGGGCAGCUGAUUCCCCGGGUGGAAUACAGCCAGGAGGAGAUCGACACGUGGGGCACCGUCUUCAAGAACCUCACCAAGCUGUACAAGACGCACGCCUGCAGGGAGCACCAGAACGUCUUCCCGCUCCUCAUCGAGAACUGCGGCUACCGGGAGGACAACAUCCCCCAGCUCCAAGACGUUUCUGAUUUCUUGAAAGACUGCACAGGCUUCACCCUGCGCCCCGUGGCCGGACUCCUCUCUUCGCGCGACUUCCUGGCCGGCCUCGCCUUCCGCGUGUUCCACUCCACGCAGUACAUCCGCCACCCGAGCCGCCCUCUGUACACGCCCGAGCCCGACAUCUGCCACGAGCUGCUAGGCCACGCCCCCCUCUUCGCCGACCCCGCCUUCGCACAGUUCUCCCAGGAGAUCGGCCUAGCUUCGCUCGGCGCCCCCGACGAGUUCAUCGAGAAGCUUGCCACCUGCUACUGGUUCACGGUGGAGUUCGGGCUGUGUCGACAGAACGGAGAAAUUAAGGCAUACGGCGCCGGCCUACUCUCCUCCUUCGGCGAACUGGAAUACUGCAUCUCCGACAAGCCCGAGCUGAGGCCGUUCGAGCCCUCAAAGACAUGCCUGCAGAAGUACCCGAUCACUGAGUACCAGCCGGUGUACUACGUGUCCGAGAGCUUCGAGGACGCCAAGCAGAAGUUAAUCCAAUUCGCCGCCACAAUCCCCCGGCCCUUCACCGUCCGCUACAACCCCUACACGCAGUCAGUGGAAAUCCUCGACUCGAAACCCCAGAUCCAGAGCUUGGUCCGCGAGAUGAGCUGUAACAUGCAGAUCCUCAUGGAUUCUCUCAUCAAGCUCAGUUAGGGGGAGGCGCGUGGUGUGUGUCGUAGGUGCUUUGGAAGUGAAUACGAUGGAAUAUAUAUAUGUGUGUGUUUAGAUAUGAAAGUGUUUAAGAUAAUAAUAUAAUGAUGUGUGUAGGUUAUAGUGAGAGAAAAAAAAGAAAUAAGGUGAAUUGGUUUGGAGAUAGGGUAAAAUCCUUCGAGGUGUUGCUUGAGUAUUUUUACUUAACCUUGUUCUCGAGUACCAACUGAAUACAUGCGGUAGAACGAUAUUGUAAUUUGUUAUUACGGAUGACACAAUCGAAACCAAAUUAUAUUAAAUGAUAAAUCGAUAGGUAAGCAGAUAGGUAUUCAGUAAUGACUCCACAAGGGCUUCGCAAACUAAAGACUCUUAUGAUGUUCUCUCCUCGUUAAAUUGUUUGAUAAAAAAAAAAGAAACAAAAAGAGUUUAAUGUUGAAAUUUUGCUCAGUUGCUGACUGUAGUAUCUAUAGGCAGGUUGUAUCAUUUGAGUUGGAAAAACAAGUCUAAAGUUCCAGAAUGCAUCGAUUGGGUCAUCUUGCCCGUUUUCCUGUGGUAAAACUGAUGUGUUUGUGUAUAUAUAGAAUAAUUAUAUCUUAAGCCCCACAGAGUGUAGUUUGGCUGUGGCUGUGCAAUAUUAUUAUGUAAUUAAGCAUGUAUCGACAAAAAUAUUUUGAAUCUAUAAUAAACGCUUUUACAAACGUUA